CAGAGGGGCAGGCCUGCGCACGGGGAGGCUGUUGUGGCAGCAGAACAGAGACGUGCACGAGUCAUGGCCUCGAGCACAGGUGACCGGAGCCAGGCGGUGAGGAAUGGACUGAGGGCGAAGGUGCUGACGCUGGACGGCAUGAACCCGCGUGUGCGGAGAGUGGAGUACGCAGUGCGUGGCCCCAUAGUGCAGCGAGCCUUGGAGCUGGAGCAGGAGCUGCGCCAGGGUGUGAAGAAGCCUUUCACCGAGGUCAUCCGUGCCAACAUCGGGGACGCACAGGCUAUGGGGCAGAGGCCCAUCACCUUCCUGCGCCAGGUCUUGGCCCUCUGUGUUAACCCUGAUCUUCUGAGCAGCCCCAACUUCCCUGACGAUGCCAAGAAAAGGGCGGAGCGCAUCCUGCAGGCGUGUGGGGGCCACAGUCUGGGAGCCUACAGCGUCAGCUCCGGCAUCCAGCUGAUUCGGGAGGACGUGGCGCGGUACAUUGAGAGGCGUGACGGAGGCAUCCCUGCGGACCCCAACAACGUCUUCCUGUCCACAGGGGCCAGCGAUGCCAUCGUGACGGUGCUGAAGCUGCUGGUGGCCGGCGAGGGCCACACGCGCACGGGUGUGCUCAUCCCUAUCCCCCAGUACCCACUCUACUCGGCCACGCUGGCAGAGCUGGGCGCAGUGCAGGUGGAUUACUACCUGGACGAGGAGCGUGCCUGGGCGCUGGACGUGGCCGAGCUUCACCGUGCACUGUGCCAGGCGCGUGACCACUGCCGCCCUCGUGCGCUCUGUGUCAUCAACCCCGGCAACCCCACCGGGCAGGUGCAGACCCGCGAGUGCAUCGAGGCCGUGAUCCGCUUCGCCUUCGAAGAGCGGCUCUUUCUGCUGGCGGACGAGGUGUACCAGGACAACGUGUACGCCGCGGGCUCGCAGUUCCACUCAUUCAAGAAGGUGCUCAUGGAGAUGGGGCCGCCCUACGCCGGGCAGCAGGAGCUUGCCUCCUUCCACUCCACCUCCAAGGGCUACAUGGGCGAGUGCGGGUUCCGCGGCGGCUAUGUGGAGGUGGUGAACAUGGACGCCGCAGUGCAGCAGCAGAUGCUGAAGCUGAUGAGUGUGCGGCUGUGCCCGCCGGUGCCAGGACAGGCCCUGCUGGACCUGGUGGUCAGCCCUCCCGCGCCCACCGACCCCUCCUUUGCGCAGUUCCAGGCUGAGAAGCAGGCAGUGCUGGCAGAGCUGGCGGCCAAGGCCAAGCUCACCGAGCAGGUCUUCAAUGAGGCUCCUGGCAUCAGCUGCAACCCAGUGCAGGGCGCCAUGUACUCCUUCCCGCGCGUGCAGCUGCCCCCGCGGGCGGUGGAGCGCGCUCAGGAGCUGGGCCUGGCCCCCGAUAUGUUCUUCUGCCUGCGCCUCCUGGAGGAGACCGGCAUCUGCGUGGUGCCAGGGAGCGGCUUUGGGCAGCGGGAAGGCACCUACCACUUCCGGAUGACCAUUCUGCCCCCCUUGGAGAAACUGCGGCUGCUGCUGGAGAAGCUGAGCAGGUUCCAUGCCAAGUUCACCCUCGAGUACUCCUGAGCACCCCAGCUGGGGCCAGGCUGGGUCGCCCUGGACUGUGUGCUCAGGAGCCCUGGGAGGCUCUGGAGCCCACCGUACUUGCUCUUGAUGCCUGGCGGGGUGGGGGGGGGGGGUGCUGGGCCCCUGCCUCUCUGCAGGUCCCUAAUAAAGCUGUGUGGCAGUCUGA